CAAUUUCGAUCUUUAAUAUUAUUUUCGCGCAAAGCCCACGACAGAGCAAAUCUCGGUGUGUAUCAUUUCCUUCUCCAACUCCGGGGGCACCACCACCGCCACAAUUCUCAUCUCCGACGAAGACCCCGUUCGGAAAUGGAGAUGACGGCGGCGAACGGAGGUGGAGAAAGAAUCAAACAGAGUCAUGUAAUCGUGUUCCCUUUCCCAAGGCACGGCCACAUGAGUCCAAUGCUCCAAUUCUCGAAGCGAUUAAUCUCCAAAGGCCUUCUUCUAACAUUCCUCAUCACUUCCUCUGCAUCUCAAUCCUUAACUAUCAAUAUCCCUCCCUCUCCUUCUUUUCACUUCAAAAUCAUCUCCGAUCUCCCUGAAUCCGACGACGUCGCUACUCUCGACGCCUAUCUCCGGAGCUUCCGAGCCGCCGUCACCAAAUCCUUAUCCAAUUUCAUCGACGAAGUCCUAACUUCAAGUUCCAAUGAAGAAGUUCCUCCUACUCUUAUCGUUUACGAUUCUGUUAUGCCCUGGGUGCAGAGUGUCGCCGCAGAGCGAGGUCUGGAUUCGGCUCCGUUUUUCACUGAAUCGGCUGCCGUCAAUCAUUUACUCCAUCUUGUCUAUGGAGGAUCUUUGAGUAUUCCGCCGCCGGACAAUGUGGUGGUUUCGCUUCCGUCGGAGAUUGUUCUUCAGCCGGAAGAUCUGCCGUCGUUCCCUGAUGAUCCUGAAGUGGUUUUGGAUUUCAUGACCAGUCAGUUCUCACAUUUGGAGAAUGUAAAGUGGAUUUUCAUCAACACGUUUGAUCGCCUCGAGUCCAAGGUUGUUAAUUGGAUGGCCAAAACAUUGCCCAUCAAGACAGUAGGACCAACCAUUCCAUCGGCGUAUCUUGACGGUCGGUUGGAGAAGGACAAAGCCUACGGUUUGAAUGUCUCAAAAUCCAACAAUGGGAAGUGUCCUAUCAAAUGGUUAGACUCGAAAGAAACUGCCUCAGUUAUUUAUAUUUCAUUUGGAAGUUUGGUUAUAUUAUCAGAAGAACAAGUAAAAGAACUGACAAAUUUACUUAGAGACACUGAUUUUUCCUUCUUAUGGGUUCUAAGAGAAUCAGAAAUGGUAAAGCUUCCUAAGAACUUUGUACAAGACACAUCAGAUCGUGGCCUAAUUGUGAACUGGUGUUGUCAACUACAAGUUCUUUCUCACAAGGCUGUAAGUUGUUUUGUGACUCAUUGUGGUUGGAACUCGACACUUGAAGCGUUGAGCUUGGGGGUGCCGAUGGUUGCCAUCCCACAGUGGAUCGAUCAAACAACGAAUGCUAAGUUUGUUGCAGACGUUUGGAGAGUUGGAGUUCGAGUGAAGAAAAAUGAGAAAAGUGUUGCUAUAAAGGAAGAACUAGAAGCCUCCAUCCGAAAGAUUGUUGUUCAAGGAAAUGGGACAAAUGAGUUUAAACAGAACGCAAUCAAGUGGAAGAAUUUGGCUAAAGAAGCUGUGGAUGAAAGAGGCAGUUCUGAUAAAAACAUUGAAGAAUUUGUCCAAGCACUUGUUGCAUCAAACUAGGUAUAACAUUCUAAUAAUAUCUGUUCUACACUAAUUUGUCUUCUUAAUUAUGCAAAUCUGUCUUCUCAUUUACAUAAACAGAUAGAAUAAUUUUCCCUA